AUGUUGCUCCCAUCUGCUCUGCCUUGCGACACACGUCGCCCCUCCACUCGGUCGCGCUUGACUCCCAGUCGUUUAUUCACAACCCCUCCUCCGUCAGACGACGAUUUUCCAUCCAACAACGGCCUCGUGGGCACCUGUCGCGCUCUUCAAUCACUUCUAAAUGGCUCUCCGGCCCCAUCUCCACGACGAUCCAAAACACCACGCCUUCAAAGUCCUCUCCAAAUCCAACCCAAACCUUCCGCCCGGUCGCGGAAACAAAAACAGAACGCACCCUCCUCCGUCGCAACCCCUAAACCCGAGCGGCCUCGCGGCGCCAACAAGCGACGCCGCGACUCCUACGAAGCCGACAUUGAAGCAGAAGGCGCUAGUUUCGCCGAUGCGCAAACCCCUCCACGCAACACUAGAUACUCUACCCCCAAACGCCGUCGAUACGUCCCCUAUGACCUGCCGCUAGGUCUGUCGCAGUCCGAUUUCUAUUCUCUUCGUUCUCCACCUAUCACACAGUCGCCUCCCUCCCCUGCACAACGGCGCAAACAAGAAUCUGUAUCGAAACAAGAAAACUGCGCGUCGUCUUUUGAUCCUGACGCGGCACUCCCGUCAGUCGAGGAGACGGAAGAGCCUACCGCGCGGGACACCGAGUCCUGGACAUCAGACGAUGACCAGCGACUUGUCGAGCUGGUCCUGGAAAAGUUCCAGCUUUCGAAACGAGAUUGGGAUGACUGCGCGCGUCGCAUGGGCAAAGAUAACGCUAGUGUCGGACGGCGAUGGCAGGCCCUCCUCGGCGACGGCGACGUGGGGUUGCGACGAGGGCGACGAAUGGUGCGAGGGCGCCUGGAUGAGAACUGGAUGUGA